AUGCACAACACUAAAAUAUUGGUUUGUUUGUUUUCUCUUAGAAUGAAGACUGCAAAUGGGGAUUACCGAAAAGAACAUAGAGAAAGGAGUCGUAGUCCCAUAGAACGGGCUGUUGCACCAACAAUGGGCCUUCAUGCUAAUCAUAUAUAUGCCUCAAUCCCAAGCUUAACUAUGGAGCAACCUCUAGCACUGACCAAAAACAGCAUGGAUGUUAUUCGGUCUGUAAGCAUGACUCCUACAAUGACGUCAGUGGAACGGCAGCAGAACCGUCCAUCUGUAAUCACAUGUGCCUCUGCAAGCAAUCGAAACUGUAACCUUUCUCAUUGUCCAGUUGUGCACAGUGGAUGUGGUGCUGCUGUGCCAACCAGUUACCGAAGACCGUCUAGCACUACUGCUGCGUGUGAUCCGGUGGUAGAAGAACACUUCCGCAGAAGCCUUGGCAAGAAUUACAAGGAGCCAGAGCCAGUGACAAACUCUGUAUCCAUCACAGGAUCAGUCGAUGACCACUUUGCCAAAGCUCUCGGAGAUACCUGGCUUCAGAUCAAAGCUGCCAAGGAUGGUGUGUCCAGUAGUCCAGAGUCUGCUUCCAGGAGGGGCCAGUCCUCUUCUCCUCCUUCCUCCCAUCUGGUCAAUCAUAAUCAUUCACCUUCGGUUGUCUCAUGAACACGGGACCACAAGUUUCUUCAUCCAAGCAUGAGUUGGUAUUGUUUUGGCUGAGCUUGAACAGUACUCAAAACGAAAAGCGUUGGGAGGGAUGAUAUAAAAGAAGAUAACAAUUCAAUACAUGUUUUGUGUGUGUUUGGGCUUUUUUAAAAAUAUAUAU